UCCCUCCUCAUAGCGGCGGCAGACCUCGUGGUAGUCGAUUCCACGACAACGGCCAUAUUGGAAAUAUUGAAUGUCUCUGUUACACAAGGGCUCAAAAGUAGCCGUGAAAUUUUCUCAAAAUCCUCGUAAUAAAGAGGAUACCAUCAGCCAUGGAGAACUCAUACAGUAUCACUGUAACUAAUAAAUUUUCCCUGGCACUUGACGAGGACGAGGAUCCACUGGAAUUGCUGAAAGUGAGGGAGCAGGAGAAAGAGGCUAAGAAGAAGGAAAAAUUAUCUGAAAAGGAGAAUAAGAGCAAGCAACCGGAGCCAACGAAGCCAGCCGGUGUUAAGCCACCAAAACCGCGGGUUAUCAAGGACAAUCAGGAGCACCAGAAGGUCCAGAAGCCCCAGGAGAACAAGAAGGAACAGGUGGAGAAGAAACCCUCUCAGCAGCGAUCCAGUGGCAACGAUCGCAACGUCAAGUUCUCCGGUGAAUCGCGGGAAGAGUACAAUAACAGGCGCAAUCGAGAGGAUGGCGACAGACCUCCCCGUGGUCACGGUGGUGAUGUGAGAAGAGGACCUCCUUCUGGCGAAGGCCGCGACAAUCGAGAAUUCCGCAAUCGUGAGUCCGGUGACGGUCCACGCGGUGAAUUUGGCGAUCGUCGUGGUCCCCGCAGUGGUGGCCCACGCGGUGCUGGCAGUGGUGGCCCACGUGGUGGUAGCCGGGGCGGCCCACGAGGUGCACGCUCCGGUUUUGAUAACCGAGGAAAACGUGAAUUCGAUCGUCAAUCAGGCUCCGACAAAACGCAUAAUUACAGCGGGGUGAAACCAGUUGACAAGAAGGAUGGCGCUGGCAGCCACAACUGGGGAACCCAUAAUGAUGAAAUUGAGGAAAGCCUUAACAACGAUCACCAGGACUGGAACACUGACAAACCUGAUGCUGAAAAUGCAAACACCUCCACCGAAGUGAAAGAGGGUGAGGCACUCGCUGAUGCUUCAGCCGAGGAGAAACCCGCUGAGGAAGAGGCCAAGGAAUUGACAUUUGACGAAUGGAAAGCUCUCCGUGGUGCACGUGCCAAGCCAACUUACAAUCUCCGUAAGGCUGGUGAGGGUGAAGACUUGACUCGUUGGAAGAAAAUGUACGCUCUCGAGAAGAAGAAGGAGGGGGCUGAGGAGGAGGACGAUGAGGAAGAGGAUUACGAUGCUGCUGUGGAAUAUCCACAACGUGUGGGCAGGCAAAAACGUGUUUAUGAUAUUGAGAUACAGUUUACUGAUUCACGACGUGGUGGAAGUGGACGCGGAGGACGUGGUGGACGUGGACAACGUGGCGAUCGCCAGAAUGGACGCGGCUUCGGUGGCAAUCGUGGAGGCCCUCCUAGGGAGGGUGGCACUGCUGCUGAGCCACGUGCUCCUGUGGAGCCUCCAGCAGCUGCAAUAAAAGUCGCUGGGCCCGUGGCGGAGCAGAGAUCUCCUCGUGGACGUCAGAACGCUCCCAAGGUUGACGACGAGCACGACUUUCCCUCCCUGGGUUAAGAUCUCAUCUCUGUCUAAGCAACACACAUCCUUCAAUUCCCAUUGAAGAAGCGAAAGAAAAAUUAAAUAACGAAAAAAAACAAACAAAUUAGUCCCAACCAUAUUUUACCAUGAGCCAUCGUAACAACACGAUCAUCGACAUUUUUGAAUGAAAAAGUAAAAUAACAAAAAAAAAAAACAUCGUAAUCACUAUCUUUACUCGUUCUCCUUGCUAUUUUAAACCUAUGGUUGCCAACAAGUCGCGUAUGAUACAGACAUUCGUUGAUGCGUAAUACACGACAGAACACUUAAUCCAUUACACAUAACCGUAUACGUACUUUUAAAAAAAAUCCCUAAACGUACGUAAAAACAAUAAAAAUAUUGGAAGUAUUGAGCCAGGACAGCAUAUUACAAAUACCAGACAGGGGAGAGACACGAUAGGUAGAGUGAGAGUUUAAUAACAACAGGAAAUUCACGUAAACAUAUUUACUGUGAAAAAAAAAGAUAUAAAUUCAUGCUGGUAUAACGUUAUUUGUUCGUAGACUCACCCCACGGUAGUUCUCUACAAUAACGAAAUAACAAAAGCAGAUGAGUAAAAAAAUGAGUGAACGAGGAACGUGCGAACGUGAGAUAAAGCCAGAGUAUGUAUGUGAAACGAAAAAAAAAACGAUGAAUGCAGUUAUUUUUUUUCUUCCUUUUGACGAAAGCUUUUUUGUCCUUCUUGUUUCAACUUUGGCAUGAGGAACUAGUGGUCAAGCAGGUGGAAUUAUUUUUUUUCUUAAUAAAAAAGGAAAAUUUCGAGUUUUCAGUGGGAUAGAAUUUGAAGAAUGGAUAAAAGGCGUUUAUUGUGGUGCGUGGUGAUUGAUUGCUACUUUCAUUUUUUGAGGAUAAUUCCGAUCUUAACGGCACAACUGAAAGCUAAUGACGUAGUAGAAGAGAUAAUUUUUACAAUAAAGUGGAACAGAAUGAGAAAAACCUAAUGAACUAUUUUUUUUUUUACUUUUUUUUUGUCAAUUUUUAAUUGGUUGAUGUCGAUACAAGGCCUAUUAUUGAAAAUACUAAUGAUUCGGUGGGAUUUACAAUCGAGUACGCUUGUAAAAUACAUCUGUAGACGAUGAUUAAUUUUUUUGAAACACCUCGUUUGAUUCUCUUUUUUUAUAUUGUAUAAAAAAAUGUAAACCCAGUGGUGUUUGGAAGCCUUCCUCUGCGCUGUUAAAAAAAAAAGUGACAAAAAUGAUUGUCGGUGGGACGAUGAAUUCCUGCCGUGCGUAAAAACUUAAGGAACUUGAUUAAAUAAAAACAAAAUGUAUUUCUAUAUAAGAAACAAAAAUUGGAUAUUUCGAAUUAUGGAUUAUCUGGAUAGACUAAGUUUGGCUUAUAUAGAAAUAUAUAGCGAUGAGUUUUUCUUUUGAGAAAUUGGGUGUUUGUGGCCCUAUUUAUUUUAUCCUGUGAACAAUAUCGAGAUUAUGGAACACCUUUCAUCGUUGAGGAAAUAUUCAAUAAUUGAGGAACGAAAAUUUGGAAAAAUUGUCAGAUUGCUGAGCCCAUCACUGAGAUAUCUGUCUUGAUGGGUAAAUGAAGGCGAUGGAACGUUGGCGAGCCAGGGUUGCAGAAUGAGACUAGAGAACUUGGUUGUUGCAUGAUUUUUUUUUCUGAAAAAAUUGCAAAAUUAUGAAACCAAAAUGUUUUAUUCCUCAAGGGGCUAAAGUAUUCUCUGAUGAUUUUGAGGUUAUGAUCAUACGAAUUAAAAAAUACUUUGCCCUCUUCUAUGUGAUAUUUUAUGGUCCGAGGCCUGAAAAGUAUGAUUUCACCGAAUUAAGUGAGGUUAGGAUCACCUUUUCUGCUCCAGGAGCAUAAAAUUCUCUGAAAAAAAUUAGAUACUCGAAACCGAGGAAGACAAAAUCAAGGAAAUCCUUUCGCUGGGAUUAACAAAUGCAGCUACAAUAAUCGAGAGUAAUAAAAAAAAUAACUAACAAACAAUUUCUUUCAUUUUUUAGUGUGUGUAAAUAACGGAUAUUUACAAAUAAACUAUCAAGUUGUAACAAGA